AUGGAACGGGGUGGUGGGUCUGGUGAGGGCUCACGGAUUACUGUGAAGAUACCUCGAAGCUCUUUGGGUUGUUUGAAUGUGAAGGAAAUUAGAGAUGGGGUUGGUAGGACUGUGUCUUCUAGUGGAACUAGGCGGAAUUUUCAGAAGAAGAGAUCUAGAGUGAUUGUUAGUGAUUCAGAAUCGAGUGAUGAUGAGUUUAUGAAACCUCCACCUAAGAACGUUGACCGCAAAACCCUUGGAGCGAAAAGUAGCUCGAAGGGGGAGUUUGCUCGGAAGAGGGAUAGGGUUGAGAAUGAUCGUAAUGGGUAUGUGAGGAGGAGCAACGCGGCGUCAGGGAGUUUGGUGAAGAUGAACAAGUUAGAUGUAUAUGAGUUUGACGAAUACGAUGGGUUUGAUAGCGCAAAUUUGAUGAGGAAACGAUUUGAUAAUGGGAAUGUUGGUGUUAGCGGAAGAAGCUCUUUUGCACCUAGAAGGGUUGAUAGUAGUUUGGGAGGGUCUGGUUCAGGCGAGGACGGUCUCUUUGUUAGGAGAAAAAAACCAUAUGUAAAUGGCUCAAGUAGUUUGAGUUCUCAGGAGAAUUCGAGUAGUGAUUCUGAUUCUGAUGAACCAAUAAGGGUGCAGGGGAGAAACGGUGUUCUGAAGGUGAAGGUAAACAAUAAACCGAGCACUCUUGCUGCUUCAGUCAAUCACCAGGAAGCAGAAAUAUACGAGAGACCACCUUCUUCGAGGAAGGUACAAAAGCGUAAGAAUGUUGUAGUAAAACCAAGCUGUAGGAAAUCAAAUAAUGUAGACAAUAAUUCAGAGUCGGAAGAGAGUGACGCAUCAAGGAAAUCAAAAAGAAGGAAACCAGAGUGCCAGAAAUCCAAGAAGGAAAUCAAUACCAAAUCCAAACCGACCUUUUCUGAACCGUUGAAACCUGCUGUGAAGGAAGAAAAAAGAGGAAGGCGGGGUGGUGGAACAGAAAAGCAAAGAUUGCGUGAGCGAAUUAAGGGAAUGCUUACUGAUGCAGGAUGGACGAUAGACUAUAGACCUAGGAGGAAUCAAAGUUACCUGGAUGCUGUAUAUGUAAACCCCUCAGGAACAGCAUAUUGGUCAAUAAUCAAAGCAUAUGAUGCACUUCUGAAGCAGUUAAAGGACGAAGAAAUCAAUGCUAGGUCUAGGAAGGAUGUUGCUGCAGUUGCUUUAGUAUCAGAGGACAUUGUGAACAAUUUAGCGAGGAAGGUGAAGAAGACGGGUGCUGAGACGAAAAAGAAAUGGAAAAAGGAUUCCAGUGGUAGCGAGAGUGAAAAGGAAAGUGAUGGAGAUGAUGAAGGAGGAGCAGACAGUGAUACCCGUGAAGAGAGGAGGGGUUCAUUUGUGAAAUUGUCUGGGAAAUCGAAAAAAAGAGGAAGAAAUGAAACCAGUUGGGAUGAUUUACACUCGAAAAGUAAAAGAUUGCCGCACUACAAUGAUGCAAGGCCAUCUUCUGGAUCUGAUUCACAUUAUUUACAUGGAAGAAAAAGCAAAAAAAUUGGAAGGUGUACUUUGUUGGUGCGUAGUUCUGAGGAUAAAAAGAACCCCGCAAUUGACGGAUUCAAUCCAUACUCUGGAAAAAGGACAUUGCUUUCUUGGUUGAUUGAAUGUGGGGUUGUCCAACUAAGGCAAAAGGUGCAAUACAUGAACCAUCAGUGUACAAAGGUGAUGCUUGAAGGAUGGAUAACAAGAGCAGGGAUUCAUUGUGAUUGCUGUAGUAAAAUCCUCUCAGUUUCUAGGUUUGAGGUUCAUGCUGGGAGCAAGUCAUAUCAGCCUUUCCAAAAUAUUUAUCUGGAAUCUGGCAGUUCUCUUCUUCAUUGCCAAAUCAGAGCGUGGAAUAUGCAAAAAGAUGCUAAGAAUCUUGGUUUCCAUCACGUAGAUACUGAUGGUGAUGAUCCAAAUGAUGAUGCUUGUGGGAUCUGUGGUGAUGGUGGAGAUUUGAUUUGCUGUGAUGGUUGUCCAUCAACAUACCAUCAAACCUGCCUAGGUAUGGAGGUGCUUCCUCUGGGUGAUUGGCACUGUCCAAAUUGCACUUGCAAAUUUUGUGAUGCAGCUGUGGAUUGUGGUGGUGAGGACGGAAAUCAUAUUUCAUUACUUUCCUGCAACAUGUGUGAGAGAAGAUAUCACCAAUCAUGCAUGAGUGAGCUGGAAGCUCGUAAGGUUCAAUCUUUUGGUUCAGCUUCUUCAUUUUGUGGGCCUAAGUGCUUAGAGCUCUUUGAAAAACUACAGAAGUAUCUUGGAGUAAAAAACGAAUUAGAAGCCGGCUACUCAUGGUCUCUUAUACAUAGGGUGGAUACUGAUUCAGAUAAAAACUCUCAAUUGUCGGCACAAAGGAUUGAAAAUAAUUCGAAGCUAGCUGUCGGACUGGCUAUCAUGGACGAAUGUUUUUUGCCCAUAAUUGACAGAAGGAGUGGGGUAAAUCUAAUUCGCAAUGUCCUUUACAAUUGUGGAUCCAAUUUCAACCGGAUUAAUUAUACUGGCUUCUACACUGCUAUCCUGGAGAGAGGAGAUGAAAUUAUAUGCGCAGCAUCUCUCAGGUUCCAUGGGAUACAAUUGGCAGAGAUGCCAUUUAUUGGCACCAGACACAUAUAUAGGCGUCAAGGAAUGUGCCGUCGGCUUUUCGAUGCAAUUGAAUCGGCCAUGCGUUCUCUCAAGGUUGAGAAAUUGGUUAUCCCAGCCAUUCCAGAUUUCUUGCAUGCGUGGACUGGUAAAUUUGGAUUCAGUCCUCUUGAUGAUUCAGUCAGGAAAGAGAUGAGGUCCCUCAACACGUUGGUAUUCCCUGGAAUAGACAUGUUACAGAAACCUCUGCUCCAUGAAGAAAACGUCAGAGUCGCUACAGCUGCAGGUGACUGUGUUGUUGUACAUGCGGAUGCCAUAAAUUCAGAGAUAGAGAAAGAAACAAAACCAGAACUCGCGUCUUCUGCCGAAAUUGGUCUACAUUCCAAUGAAUUUGUUGCUUAUGGUGCAGACUGCUACAAGAAUUUUCUUGUUUCUGAUGAAGAAAACGUUCCUGUAUCAGUUGAAACAACCAUGGACACGAUUUCCAAGCCAGAGGAUGAUGAAUUGAGGAGAUAUAUUCCUAGUGAAGAAUGUGGAAUUAGCUCUUCUUGUCAGAUCGCAUUAAAUUCUAGCAUUAAGCAGUGUGAAGAUACAGUGUCAUCAUGCGAAGAUGUGAAUGUAGAAACUGUUGCUAUUAUUCAAGAUGUGAAGAUACAAGCAUCCGCUGAUUUUCAGGUUGAAAACAAUCUCUCAUCAUCUGUUUCUGGUAUAGGAUCAUCAGAUAUGAGCUCUAUCUCCCAAGAAGCCAAGAGUGAACAAAACUCUUCAAAUGGAGACGCCAUUCCUUCAUGUAAAGACAAUGACAUACUCGGUACUGGUGCUAAGUUGGCUGAAUCGAAAGACAAUGCAUUCGCGGAUGGUUUUCUUUUGUGA